AUGGACACGUGCGCCUGCGCUUUGGAGCUGCUGGGGAUGCUGGUGUAUGUCGGAGCAUGGCUGUGCGCGUUAGCCACCACCAUCCUUCCACAGUGGCUCACCAUGUCGACUGCUCUGCUGCCCGUGGAGAGCUACGAGCUGGGCCUGUGGGAGACCUGUGUGGUGCAGGACGUCGGUGGGAUAGAGUGCAGGGCGUAUGACAGCCUGCUGGGACUCUCCAGUGACCUUAAACUGGCCCGCAUCCUCAUGUGUGCCUCCCUGGCAGUUGGCAUACUGGGAAUGCUGAUGGCUGUACCUGGACUCUACCUGGUGAACAGCUGCAGGGAACAUGGAGGCGACAGAACCAAGAGGACUUUGACUGCCAUUGGAGGAGUGUUAGGGAUGGUUUCAGGAGUCCUGUGUCUGAUCCCUGUGUCCUACAUGGCUCAUUUAGCCGUGGUGCAUUUCUUUGAUGAUAAAGUACCGGAUGUGGUGCCUCGCUGGGAGUUUGGCGAUGCCUUAUUCUGUGGCUGGGCUGGAGGGUUUCUGCUCAUAGUGGCCGGGCUGCUGCUGGUCUCCUCCUGCUUGUACUCACAAGCAGAAGAUCAUCUGGUGCUGCAGAGGAGACACCACCUCAUUGGGGCAGAUGCUCCCUUUAGGAAGAGGCCGGAGUAUGUUUAA